AUGCUUCGUGCUCGGAUUUAUGUACUUUUACUGUUGCUCAGCUCAAGUCAAGGGGAAUUUCAACAAUCUCCAAAGACUGAACUGACUCAGCCUGCCUAUGAGAGAGUUUUCAGUAGAAAGAAACGUGCAAUCAUUUUUCCACCAGGUUCAUUUCUAAAAUUUACCUGCAACUUUAGCAAAGGAUUAAUUUCAACAUAUCCGCGUGGUGUCAACUUCGUUCUGGAAGAAGCAGUCUACUUUCCCAUUCCCGGUAGCAGAGAUGAUCUAUAUCCGAAGCGUUUCUUGCCAAACACAACUCCAAAACCAAAACCAUCAGAAACGUUUGUCUAUAUACCUGGUACAGAUUGGCGUUUCAAGGCGGUGUCAUUGCCCAAAAAGAAACUACAAGUUCAAACACUGAAGACGCAUCGGAUUGAUGUGGACGGCUCUAACAAUCCAUAUAAAUGGCAGCAAUGGGCAAAAUAUGGUGAAAAAUGGGCAUCAACUGCCAAUAUGAAGUGGAGUAAUAAAAACAAGUGGUCGAAAUGGACAACACCUGCUCCAAGAUGGACAGCAGACUGGUCGAAUCAAUGGAAAAGAAAACCAAGCAGACCUCAAAAAUCUUCUCCAUCUGAUUCUAUACAUUAUCAUGGACAUCGUGAUCGCAGACAGUUGUUCGAUCACUUCAGUGGACUGAGUUCUCUUUUUGGUAUUGAUGUUAAGUCGUGUAUAUUGCGUACUAUAUGUGACUCAAAGCGCCUGCUAUUGCCUCCUGGCUACUCCAUGCUCCAUGAUAUGCUGCGCUUAGUUUUCACCAUGCCCAGAUUAGAUGGUCUGGACGAUGAUUAUACUCGUAUCAUGAGCAGGGAUGCCGAUCAAUGUGCCCAAGAACUGAAAACUAAAUGUAAUAUGAACCUAUUGAUCUGGUUAUUAAGUGGCAGAUUGAAAUAA